UGUUCGUUUAAUAAUCAUAACAAAUUUUCUGCGUCAAAGAAAGGCGUAUUUAAAAAUACAGGUUACGUUUAAUUAAUUGCAAAAUUAAUGCUAUACAAGACUUUGCAUCAGCAUUAUUACGAAAUGUUAGAACUAUUUUAAACAGUGUUAAUGUAUUUUUAAUAAAAGACACCAAAAUAAUGGUUUAGUAAGAAAACUUGAAAUGUUAUCUGUUUGUCUUAAAUGUUUGCCAGGUGCUAAACGAAGCACGUAUGUUUGUACUAAAAAGGUUCUGAAAAUUUUUUGUACGUCAAAUCGGACGCUGUUUUUAUCCAAAAAAAACAAUGAAAACCCAACAACUUGUGAGGCAAUUCCUGAUCCUAUUCGUAUGAGAAGAUCACAGUGUAUUCAGGAACUCUGCAAUCAUUAUGUUAAUUCACCAGAUUAUGCUACAAAGUCAGAACCUGGUGUCAAAUCAUGGCCCCAUCACUUCAUCACCGCUUCUCAUGUUUUGGAAACUUAUCUCCUUCUUCGCCACCAUAAGGGAGCAAAAACCCUGAUGCAUCGGUUCGCAAACAUUGAUCCAGACAGAUCAGAAGUCCCUGAGAUUAGUUCUUUCACAGUACAACACGAGCAUUCAUUAGAAGAGUUAUCCUUUAUGACACAGUUUGCAUUCACUCUUAAGCGAGCAGGUUACCAUGAAGUGCAUCAAGAUAUUAUCAUUGAGUGUUUGAAGAAACAACAUAAGUACGGGAACAUUGAACUGUCUGUCAACUUUGAAGAUUAUGAAUUUGCUCGCUUUUGGAUCUAUGGUAGAAAUAAGAUUUUGGAACAAACAAGUGAUUCUGAAUACUUAUGGAAGGCAAUGUUUAGUGAUGAUAAUGUGAAAACAAGAACAGUCCACGAGAGAGUUGUGGUAGCUGCACGCAACAGAAACUCAAAGAACAUGAUCCUGAAAGGUUUCAAAGAUGUUCCUGUGGAUCAUUUUGAAACUCUUCUACCGGAGGCAAAAGUUCAAAUACCUCGUGGUCGCCGUUGGUUCAUCAACUUUUCUCUCACUACAACAGCCAUGAUUGCAUUCUUCAAUGUUGGGAUGACGGUGCUGACUGAUUUAAAGCUUGGUUUGGUUUGGAUGUUGUCUUGCUUUAUUGGCUUCAUUACAUACAGGUCAUACGCAAUGUACAAGUCACAGCGUAACAAGUACAUUCUUGCAUGGAAGAAGAUGUUGUAUUACAAGAGUACAUCAAACAACCGAGGUCUCGUGAUGGACGCGAUAAACAAAGGGCAUGAACGAUCGUUGAAAGAAGCGCUCAUAGUGUAUGGCAUAGCGUUGAAACUAACCCAAACAAAAACAUCUGUGACGCAGCAGGAAGUGACGUCAGCGGUUCGUACGUGGCUUGCCUCGAUCACUGGUACGCAGGAGUCGAGCGAAAAUUUAUUUUCCUGUUCAGGAGCUUUCAGUUUACUUGAAAGACUUGGCGUGUUAUGUCAAACUUCCAAUGACGUAGAUGGUGACGUCACAGCACACUUCUCAGUCCAGACACCAGACUCAGCAACGCAACAAUUACUCGCUAAAGUCACGGCUAUAGCUGCCGAAUGACGCGUACUAUAAAUACAUACGCAUUAACUUGUUGUCCCAUAAGGAUAAUCAUAUUUACUGCAUCUUCCACUAUGUGCAAUUUCCACAUUGCUUGAAUGUUCACUGUGAUUUCUCAUGUCUAUGCAUUGUUUCAAAGGUAAAAUAACAGCUGGUGGCAACGAACAUUAAUCUCCUACUGCAUGGCUUAAGUGGUAUAAACGUAUGUACAACCUUCUUAUGUACUGACCUUGCCAUGCUAUGCCAUCAGCAUAUGUCUUACUUGCAUACACUCUAGUAUACUUAAGUGUGAUAGAAAAAAAACAAGGACACACUCGUCAGUCCUCGUUAAUUUUCAUUUCCUAUAAUAAUACAAACUUAAGACAAAAACUGAAUUAUUGCAUUAACUUAUUCUGCAUAAGCUACAAUAAUCAUAGCUUAUCUCAGCAUGCCUGCUGCUAAAUAGCUUGUUUGGUUUCGAGUUAUUUUGUCCUCAACAAUUUCGUUGCCGUGUUUCGUUCACUGUGAUAUAUCUCGCAAGCUGCAAACAUUAUAUUUCUUCAAAUCCACAAAACGUUUGCAAUGUCUCGUCGUUUUGCAAGUGCUGUUUGCGAAAAAAAAGUAAUAAAGAGGAAAGUUUCUCAUUCA